GGCGCCGCGCUGCCCCAGCCGCCAGGCUUGGGAAGUCGUGGCCAACGCUGCUCAGGACGUCCGGGCUUCCCACCUUCCUCUCUGGCCUCCACCCGGUCUGGUCAGCCGACCCAAAAGGCCGCCAUGCGCCUGCCUGGGGCCUCUCCCUGCGGCCUGGCCUGGGGGCCACUUCUGCUGGGGCUCUGCGGUAUCCUGGGGGCGUCUCAGCCCCAGCCGGUGCCCCCAUAUCGCAUAGAAAACCAGACUUGCUGGGACCAGGACAAGGAAUACUACGAUCGCAAUCAUCAAGUCUGCUGCUCCCGCUGUCCCCCAGGCAAGUUUGUCUCUGCUGCGUGCAGCCACAGCCAAGACACAGCUUGUAAGACUUGCGCCCCCAAUACCUACAAUGAAUACUGGAACCAUCUCUCCUUCUGCCAGAUGUGCCGCUCCUGUGACUCUGUGCUGGGCUUCGAGGAGGUUUCCCCUUGUGCCAGUGAUCGGAAACCCGAGUGCCGCUGUAAGCCAGGGAUGAUCUGUGUGUAUCUGGACAACGAGUGUGUGCACUGCGAGCAACCUGUAAUGUGCCAGCCUGGCACGGAAGCGGAGGUUACAGAUGAAGCUACGGAUGCUGGCUCCAGCUGUGUCCCCUGCAAGCAAGGAUACUUCCAGAAUACUUCCUCCCCUACUGCCCGUUGCCAACCCCAUACCAGAUGUGAGACCCAGGGCCUGGUGGAGGCAGCUCCAGGCACCUCCCACUCUGACACGGUCUGCAGAAAUCAAUCCGAGCCAGGGACAAUGCUGCUGCUGGCCAUCCUGCUGCCCUUGGUCUGUCUUCUGCUCUUCACCACUACCCUGGCCUGCGCCUGGACGAGGCACCCCUCUCUCUGCAGAAAGCUGGGUACUCUUCUCAAGAGGCAUCCAGAGGGAGAAGAAUCUCCCCCCUGUCCCCCUCCAAAAGCCAACCCACGUUUCCCUGAUCUGGCAGAGCCACUUCUACCCAUGCCUGGAGACUUGUCCCCAGCCCCUGCUGGACCCCCAGUGACCCCGGUCUUGGAGGAAGUGGUGCUACAACAGCAGAGUCCCCUGGUCCAGGCCAGGGAGCUGGAGACUGAGCCUGGGGAACAUAGCCAAGUGGCCCACGGUGCAAAUGGCAUUCAUGUGACCGGAGGCUCUGUGACUGUCACUGGCAAUAUCUAUAUAUACAAUGGGCCAGUGCUGGGGGGCACACGGGGCCCUGGAGACCCCCCAGCUCCCCCUGAGCCUCCAUAUCCCACUCCUGAAGAGGGAGCCCCUGACCAUUCUGUGCUCUCUACACCUUACCAGGAGGAUGGCAAAGCUUGGCAUCUGGCUGAGACAGAGACAGUAGGGUGCCAUGCCCUCUGACAGGGCCAAGGAACCUAUUUGCCACCUGAUGCCUGAUGGUAUCUGAGAAAGGCAAGGAGGAACGAGGGUCCAGCACCUUCUCCCUGAGGCUGCUCUACCCACCAGGACUCGCAGGGUGUGGGUAGGCUCUGAGAAGCAGAGCCCUAAGAGACUUGGCCUCAGGCAGCUCUUCAGAGCAGAACCGGACACUAGCAGGGCACAGUGCCUGCCCAGGACUCUUACUAUUGUCUGAGCAAGCCUGAGUCCUUGUUACAGACCUACCAGUCCCAGAGGCUGCACAUAUUCAGCCUCAGAUGCAGGCAUGGCUUGUGACCCUAGCUGCUGCCCACCGUGACUCUCUGCACCUUAAACUUGGCAAAGGAGGGAGCUGGUGAUAGAGUCACUUGCAAGGACAUCACAGGGACCUUGCAAGGCUUCGUGGUGCUCACCCCCAACCUUCAGAGGCCUUGAGGGCUCAUACCAUGUGGACCAAGGUAGACCCUGAGUGAAGAUGAAGCUGCAUGGAGGAGCAUCCCUCCCUUGCUCCUGGGGGAGAGGAUAGUGAGACAGUGAGCAUGGGGGUUUAGGUAUCAUUACCAGGUAUCCAGGAGAGUUUGGGAACAGGAGAAAAAUGGUAAGUGUAUUUAUAAAUUGUAACCACAUGCAAAUAAAGACAAGAUUGAGAUCCUUUA